CAAACCCCAAACAAAAACCCUCAAAAACCCUCUUCCCCGAUCAACCGCUCAUUAUCCUUCGUCGCGGAGCUGCUUUGAUGGAUUUCCAAGUGGUAGUCUUAGCCGGCGGCUUCUCCAAAAAUCUCGUUCCUCUCGCUUCCAAGGAGGUGCCAAAAGCGUUGCUUCCGGUGGCCAACCGGCCGGUGCUGUCUUACGUGCUGGACCUUCUCGAGCAGAACAAUCUCAAAGAUCUGAUUGUCGUGGUUGAAGGGGAAAAUGCAGCUGUUCUAAUAGGGGCUUGGAUAUCAGGUGCCUAUGUUGACCGUCUACAUGUUGAGGUUGCGGCUGUCCCUGAAGAUGAAGGAACAGCAGGAGCCCUGAGGGCCAUUGAUCACCAUUUGACAGCAAAAGACAUCUUGGUUGUGAGUGGUGAUCUUGUUUCUGAUAUUCCUCCUGGGGCAGUCGCAGCAGUUCAUAGACGACAUGAUGCUGUAGUUACUGCAAUGCUUUGUUAUGCUCCGGUUGGUGGGCCUUCAGAGUCAGGCUCCUCAUCAAAGAAACCAGCACGAUAUAAUAUUGUAGGACUGGACCCAACAAAACAAUUUCUACUACAUAUAGCAUCUGGAUUUGAAGUUGAGAAAGACAUGCGUGUUCAGAAGAGCAUACUCAGAGCAGUUGGCCAAAUGGACAUUCGCCCAGAUCUGAUGGAUGCUCACAUGUAUGCAUUUAAGAGAACUGCUUUGCAAGAAGUUCUAACUCUGAAACCAAGUUUUCUGAGCUUGAAGUGUGAUGUCUUGCCGUAUCUUGUGAGAAGUCAGCUGAGAUCUGAGUUAUCACUAAAUGGAGUGCAAGCUGAAGAAAAUGGGAAUUGUAAGGAUGCUUCCCAGAACGGUACAGUUUUGCUAGCUCAACUUAUGGCCAAUGCCUCUACACAAAGUUUUCAUGACCUAUAUACCCUGGGUCCUGAAGGUUCUGCUCCUGCUCCAAGAAAAACCCAUAAAUGUUGUGUUUAUAUUGCCAACAACAGCAAUUACUGUAUGCGCUUGAAUUCCAUCCAAGCCUUCAGUGACAUAAAUCGAGAUGUCAUAGGAGAUGCUAGUCACCUAUGUGGUUACUCUUUCUCUGCACAGAACAACAUAAUUCAUCCUUCAUCUGUGCUUGGAUCAAAAACCACGGUGGGACCACAUUGUAUGCUGGGAGAGGGUUCAGAAAUGGGUGAUAAAUGCAGUGUGAAGAAGUCCAUUAUUGGGCGCCAUUGCCGGAUUGGUUCAAACGUAAAGGUAGUCAACUCUGUUGUGAUGAACCAUGUUACAAUUGGAGACGGUUGUUCAAUCCAAGGAUCUGUUAUUUGCAGUAAUGUUCAGCUCCAAGAACGUGUCGUAUUAAGGGAUUGCCAAGUUGGAGCAGGUUUUGUGGUCACGGCUGGCAGUGAAUACAAAGGAGAAUCUUUGGCAAAGAAAGAAAAACAAUGACAAUCACGUUUUCGUUAGUUCUUUGGUUCCUUGCCUUCUUCAUAGGAUUUAUGUUGCAUUGACAUGGUUCUUGUCCUCGUGGGAGGGAACGUCCUGCCUCCUUCCCCAUAGGAACUUACGCUAUGGUCACCUGCUACUCAACCUCACAUUAGAUUGUCUCGACAGUUUUUGUUUGUUUUGCGCUAUAGUUUGCUUUAAGAACCAUUCCCCUUUUCUUACUGUUUCAUUCACUAGGGAAUUCAUUGUACAAUCAUCGACUUGAUAAUUGCCUAAAGGCGAAAGAAAAUGCUUCUGUACUAUGUAACUUGAAUGGGUUGGCAUGUGUUUAUGUGACUUUUUGCCCACAUUUUUACUAUGUAAACUCUCCCUGUCAAAUGGUAUUUCCUCCAUUUAUUCCGACUUCUAAAAUAUAGAUACAAAAUUAG